AUGUUAUCCAUCGAUUCUAACCAUGUUGCACUUGGGCUCGUCUUGAUCCUGUUCAUUCUCCUAGUCAACUCACUGCGAGUAGCUUUCCGCCCUGGCCUGAGUAAAAUUCCUGGGCCCUUCUUUGCCAGAUUCACUCCGUUAUGGCGCGUGUUCUUCGUCUGGAAGGGCAACGCCCAUUCAGACUACCGUAUACUUCAUGAGAAGUACGGGCCAGUCGUACGAACUGCCCCCAACGUGGUUGACAUUUCAGACCCGGCAGCUCUGCAAACCAUCUACGGCAUAAAUUCCAAGUUCAUCAAGUCAAACUUUUACAACACGUUGGACGCUAUUUACGAAGACGAAAGGAUGCAGAGUUUGUUCACGGCGAUCGACCCAGAGAUGCACAAGGCCCUCAAGCGACCAGUGGCACAAAAGUAUUCCAUGACGUCUAUUCGAACCCUCGAGUAUCUGGUGGACCCCUGUACGAAAAUGUUCACGGAUGCCAUGACCGAUAUGCAGGGGCAGGUGGUCGACUUGGGCACGUGGGUACAGUGGUACGCAUUCGACGUCAUUGGCGCCAUCACGUUCUCCCGUCGCUUCGGAUUCAUGGAGACCCGGUCCGACGUAAACGAUGUUAUCUCUGGCAUUGAGACCGGUCUCAUGUACGGCGGAAUAAUCGGGGAGGUGCCUUCUUUGCACAAGUAUCUUCUGGGCAACAUCACGUUGAGGAAGGUGAUGGAAAAACUCGGAGUUCCGGAUCCAUUGCCAAUAGUUAUGAAUAUGGUGAUGGAGGGCCUAGAAGAUUACGAUGCCAAACAAGACUCUUCUGAACGAGGAGAUUUCUUGGCGUAUUUGCGACGGGAGCAAGCGUCUACUGGUGAACACAUCAGUACUCGAGAUAUGAUGAACCACUUGAUGGGCAAUCUGCUGGCUGGCAGUGAUACGACUGGCAUCGCCCUCCGAGCUCUUUUCUACUAUGUCUUGCGCGACAAGCGCGUGUAUGAUAUUCUACAGAAGGAAAUCGACGAAGCACAAGCAAAAGGAGAACUGUCGCCCGUGGUCACGUUCGGAGAGAGCCAAAAGCUCGUAUAUCUCCAAGCAUGCAUCAAAGAAUCCAUGCGGAUGCACCCAGGCGUAUCCUACCCCCUCGAACGCAUCGUCCCGAAGACGGGCGCCGAAAUCUCUGGGUUUCACCUACCGGCCGGCACCAUCGUAGGCAUGAACGCCGCCGUGAUCCACCGCGACCGCAGCAUCUUUGGCGACGAUGCCGAUACCUUUAGACCCGAGCGCUGGCUCAGCGACGACAUUGAAGCUGUCAAGACAAUGGACCGGCAUAACAUGAGUUUUGGGGCUGGUGUCCGUACUUGUAUUGGCAAGAACAUUUCGAUCAUGGAAGUUGGGAAGGUAGUGCCUCAGAUAUUGCGGCAAUUUAGUCUUGAAUGGGCGUCGAGUGAGCCGGAGUGGCAGGUAACAACUUAUUGGUUUGCGAAGCAGUCGGGCUUGUUGGUUCGGUUCAACCCACGGACGCCAGAGAUUAUAGCUAGCAAGGAAUGA